AUGGUAAUGAUUAAAACUCCAGAAGUAGUUGCCACUAAGCAAGACGUGGUUUCUACACAGGAACCCGAGGAAAAGAAGCAAAUAAAUAAGAGGUUCCUACUAUUCAAGAUUGAUGUCUUUGUUUUAUCAUUUGUAUGCUUACAAUAUUGGAUUAAUUACGUGGAUCGUGUUGGGUUUAACAAUGCAUAUGUCUCUGGGAUGAAGGAGGAUUUGAAUAUGAAAAAGGACGAUUUAAAUGUCACUUUAACAUGCUUCACGGUCGGGUACGUUGUUGGUAUGCUGCCCAAUAAUCUAAUAUUGUUGGUUGUCCCACCAAGGUUAUGGCUCAGUUUCUGUACAUUUUCAUGGGGUUUACUGACUCUGGGAAUGUUCAAAAUAACGUCAUUCGAGCAGGCUUGCGCUAUUAGAUUUUUCCAAGCUUUAUUCGAAAGUUGUACUUUCUCUGGUACCCAUUUAAUAUUAGGAUCCUGGUAUAAAGAAGAUGAAUUGCCACUUAGAAGUGCAAUAUUUACAAGUAGUGGUCUAAUCGGUUCAAUAUUUAGUGGGUUCAUGCAAGUUGCCAUUCAUACUCGUUUAGAUGGUGUUGGAAACUUGGAAGGCUGGAGAUGGUUAUUCAUAAUUGAUUUUUGUAUCACCAUCCCAAUUUCCAUCUACGGUCUAAUCUUCUUCCCAGGUGUCCCAGAUCAUACGAGCAGUUCAAGCAAAUUUUCCAUGACUAGGUAUAUAUUUACUGAACAAGAACUACAAUACGCUAGAAGAAGACUUCCUGCAAGAGAUGAGAGUACGAAAUUAGAUUGGUCAGUGAUUCCAAGAGUCUUGAAAAGGUGGCAUUGGUGGUUCUUUUCUCUUGUUUGGGUUCUUGGUGGUGAAAAUUUAAGUUUUGCCUCAAAUUCUACAUUUGCUUUAUGGCUACAAAACCAGAAUUAUUCUUUAUCGAAUAGAAAUAAUUUCCCAUCUGGUAUUUACGCAGUUGGUAUUGUAUCUACCCUCCUAUCAGCAUUUUACAUGUCCUGUAUCCCCAAAUCGAGGCAUUGGCACGUGGCAGUGUUUAUCUCUGUAAUUCUAUGUGUCGUUGCCAUUAUGAUUCGGGCUAAUCCUUUGAAUAGCGCUGUCAUGUUUACAGCACAAUACCUUGGUGGUGUAGCAUAUGCUGGUCAGUCCGUAUUCUUUGCCUGGGCUAACAGUGUUUGUCAUGACGAUCUUCAAGAACGUGCUGUGGUCCUAGCAUCUAUGAAUAUGUUUUCAGGUGCAGUGAAUGCAUGGUGGUCAAUCCUAUUUUACGCCGCUUCAAUGGUUCCUCGAUUCGAGAGAGGCUGUUAUGCAUUGAUCGCCACAUCGGUUUCUACCAUUAUUGUUUCAAUCUACAUUAGAUACUUACAAAAUAUUGAGCUUGAUAAUAAGAAGGUUACAGCAUAUAUUGACGCUAAUGAUAUGAUGGUAAGUGAAGGUGAAGAUGAAGACGAAGAAGAAUACGAGGAGGACAAUAUGACGCUACAUGAGCGUGAUAUUGAAAGAUCAUAUCCGUAA